GUAACUUGUCAUCAUCGUACUUUAAACCGCACACUUUGAUUCAGUCUGCGCAGACUCAAACCAUAAUGGAUAGAAAGGCACAUAUCAUAAAAUUGUGGGUCCUUUUGGCUGAUUUCAGCUUUGACCGGUUUUGAUGUACCAAAAUACAUUUACAAAAACCAAAACACCAAGACUCUUAAAGUUGACAAAAAGAAAAGAAAAGAAAGAACACACUAAAAGUGAACCAUUUCUACAAAAGAUUGUUAGACUGCUCACAAACAUAGGCUGAUCACGAAGAGAUCAAUAUCUCGAAUCUUUAAUAUCCUUAUUGUUUAGAUUCAAAGCUUAUCAGAGGGUUGAUUGGCAAGUGCUCUAAAAAUACUGUAGAAUCUUUUUACACCCCAAAUUAUUUUUAAAGCAUAAAAUAUUUUUCAAAGGUAUAGAUUUUUUUUCAUAUUUCUUUAUUUUUCAAAGGUAUAGAUUUUUUUUUCAUAUUUCUUUAUUUUUGGUUGUAUAAAACAAUAGAUCUAGAAUACUUACUUUUGGCUUUAGAAUUUUUUAUUUUGAACCAUGGCUUCAGAAAUUUAUAUGUAAGUUAUUAAAUCUUUUCAAACCUAAAGCCAAAAUCUUAUAUCAAAAUUAUUCACAACCACGACAAAAAAAUCUAUAGAUACAACUCCUUCCAAUCAACUCCAACCACUUUUCAAGUUAGAUUAAUGGAAUAUGAUCUGCUUCUCAUAUCAUAUUAAAUUUGAACUUUAUAAAAAUUAUUACUUCAUUAAGAAUAGUAUCCCAACUUGACAAAUCACACAAUCAAUAAAACUAAAUAGAAUAGUGGCGACGAAAGCUACGAUUGGAACGUGGUCCAGAGUAAUGGAAUCUUGAAGUUCAUUGGAAUAUUAGGCCCAUUAAAGCCCAAAUCGUUUCCCCUGAGAGUGAAUCAAUUGCUGCGUUAAGCUGAGGCAUCGUCGCGGUCAUCAUCAAUUCAUCAUCGUCGUCGAACGUGGAGCUCAACUACUAAACCAGAUCGACUCUGUUCUCGUCGGAAUAUCCUUACGGUUAACCGGCGUUACUCAUCCACCUUUUCAUUUCCGGUUCUUAUCUGUUUGAUCAUAUGCGUGGCUGCUCGUGUGUCGAGAUUGUUAAUGGAAGUUUCCAAGUGUGAUUUAGAGUUGCAUCAAUUUCUUAGAUAUGAUUCCGUCAGUGGACUCUUUAUUUCGAAUCACUUGUUGUUUAGAUGAAUGAUGAUACUCCAGCUGAACAAAAACGAUAUCAACAAGGUUUCAGAUGAAAUGGAGAGUCAUAAUAGUGUGAGGUAAUCUUGGAUUGUUCAGUUUGAGUCCAUCACUAAAGUUUAAUAGGUAUGAUCCUGAGCAAUUGUUGGGAUUGGAAUAUGCGAUGAAGAAAAAGUAUGGAGGAUUGUUGCCUAAGAAGAUUCCUUUGAAAUCUAUCUAAGGGCCAUGUGUGUUCUCUUUGUUUUCCUGCUACUGUCUCUUUCUAUGUGCAAAAAGGGCAUUUGGAAGCUCUCCGGCCAAAACUACAGCAACCAAGAGCAAGACGAAUGGCUUUAUCUUCAGACGCUGACGACAACGAACCUCUAGAUGAUCACCAAUGUUGCGCAUCAGCUGUUGAAAAUACCAACUUGAAGGAUGAUGGAGGCAGCUAUGCUGACGCAAAAGAUAACAUCAAAUAGAGAUCUCUUGGGGGAGCAAAACAAACAACAUCACAAGGCCAAUUUGCAAACCAAACAUGAGGCCCAAGAUUACAGUAAUAGAUCAAGUAGAGACUAAAGGGCCCUUGUGAGCUUACCCAGAAGUGGAGUCUCUCAAGCCUCAACCUUUUUGCGGGGUUGGUGGUGGAAGAAAAACUAUGUAAGUCAACUUUUUAACCACUUUAUAAAAAAAUUUAAAAAUUUAAAACUUGUGGUACUACAUCAAAGAUUGGCAGGGAGUCUCCCUUUUCAUCUAUACUAUACAUAAAGUUUUUUUAACACAAGAAAGACUUGACUUGAGAGUUGGAUCUUUUUCAUGGCUCUUUAUCCUUCGCCUUUGCCUCGCAACUGGAUACAUGAUGUCUUUCCAAGCUUCCACGGGGCAGAUGUUCGCAAAAAAAUUCUUAGUCACGUUCUCAAGGAGUUCAAAAGAAGGGGGAUCGACACGUUCAUCGAUAAUAACAUAGAGAGGAGCAAGUCUAUCGGUCCCAAACUCAUAGAAGCUAUCAGAGGCUCGAGAGUUGCGAUCGUCUUGCUCUCAAAGAACUACGCGUCUUCCACAUGGUGCCUGAACGAGUUGGUGGAGAUUACCAAGUGCAGAAGAGAGUUUGGUCAAACAGUGAUGCCCGUUUUCUAUGAAGUCGAUCCAUCUGAUGUGAAGAAGCAAUCCGGAGAGUUCGGGAAAGUCUUUCAAGAUAUCUGUAACGGUAAAAAAGAGGAGGAUACUAGGACAUGGAGAGAAGCUUUGGUGGAAGUGGCCACAAUAGCUGGAGAGCAUUCGAGCAACUGGUGUAGUGAAGCGGAGAUGAUUGAAAAAAUUGCGGCUGACAUCUCAAACGUGUUGAAUGAUUCUGUUCCAUCGAACUAUUGUGAUUCCUUAGUUGGGGUUGGAGCUCACAUGGAAAAGAUGAGGUCCUUGUUAAGCCUAGAAUGUGAUGAAGUGAGAAUGGUAGGGAUUUGGGGUCCUGCAGGAAUUGGCAAGACAACCAUCGCCAGGGCUUUAUAUGAAAAUCUUUGUAGUAACUUCACCCAUACAGCUUUCAUGGAAAGUUUAAAAGGAGGUUAUACUAGAAAUUACCUCGAAAAUUAUGAGUACAUGUUGCAGUUACAAGAACAGCUUUUGUCUAAGACAUUCAGUCACAAGGAGUUGAAGAUAGGUCACUUGGGAGUGGCACAAGAAAGAUUGAAAAACAAGAAAGUGCUUAUUGUUCUUGAUGAUGUGGAUAGGUUAGUCCAACUAAACGCCAUGGCAGACAAACCUGAAUGGUUUGGUUGUGGAAGUCGAAUUAUCAUUACAACGGAAGAUCUAAAUCUCUUAAAGGCACAUGGGAUCGAUCAUAUUUACAAGGUGGAUUAUCCAAUUGAUGAAGAGGCACUUCAAAUCUUCUGCACAUAUGCUUUUGGUCAAAACUCCCCUGAAGAUGGUUUUGAGGAGCUUGCACUGGAAGUUACAAACCUUUCUGGGAAACUCCCAUUGGGAUUAAGUAUAAUGGGCUCCUACUUCCGGGGAAUGUCCAAGCAUGAGUGGAUCAAUGCACUACCAAGGUUAAGGAGUAGGCUUCCUGAUGAUAUUAAGAGUAUUUUAAGGUUUAGUUAUGACGCAUUAUGCGAUAAAGAUAAAGAAUUAUUUCUUUAUAUAGCUUGCUUUUUCAAUCUUAAAAGCAUUGAGACACUAGAAGAUCAUCUUGAAGGGACAUUCUUGAGCUUGAGUCAUGGGCUUCACAUCUUAGCUGAAAGAUCUCUAAUAUCUCGCGAGUAUGGAUUUGUAAAAAUGCAUAGUCUGCUAGUACAACUAGGUAGAGAUAUUGUUCUUAGCCAAUCUAUGUAUGAGCCUGGAAAACGUCAAUUUUUGGUUGAUGCUAAAGAUAUCUGUGAAGUUCUCGCUAAUGAAACAGGUAGUGAAAGUGUUGUGGGCAUGGAUCUUGACUUAUCUGAGAUCAACAGAGAAUUUAAUAUAAGCGAUAUAACCUUCAAAAGAAUGUGUAAUCUCCAAUUUUUAAGAUUCUACUCAAGAUUUGAUGAUAAUGGUGACAGCAAAUUACACUCUCCACAAAAUCUGAAAUACCUAUCACUGAAACUUAGAUUACUACAUUGGGAUUACUUUCCGGCCACAUCUUUGCCUUCUAGGUUUAGUACAGAGUUCCUCGUCGAAUUAAACAUGCGUAACAGCAAGCUAAAUAAGCUGUGGGAAGGAGUUCAACCUCUUCAAAAUCUCAGGUGGGUGGAUUUGAGUCAUUCCUCAGACAUGAAGGAGCUUCCUGAUCUGUCAACUGCCACUAAUCUCUUGAGUUUGGAUCUCAGUUAUUGCACAAGUUUGAUGGAACUACCCUUUUCAGUUGGGAAUGCAACUAAUCUCUUGAUAUUGAAUAUCGAGUAUUGCAAUAAUCUGGUGGAGAUACCCUCCUCUAUCGAGAAUAUUCAUAAUGUCAAGAUAUUUUUCGCUGGGUGCUCAAGUUUGGUGAAACUCCCCUCUUGUGUAUGGAACAUCACUAGUCUCACCACUUUUAAUCUCCAGAGUUUCUCUAGUUUGGUCCAGAGCCCCUUAAUGUGGAAUGCCAAGAAUUUCCAGGAGUUAGAUCUCAGUGGAUGCUCAAGUCUGAAGAUACUCCCCCCUAUUGUAAUCGACACUAAAUCCAAGGUCUCGCUUCUCAAUGGAUACUCACACUCGGCAGAAUUCCCAUCCUCUGUUGGGAGUGUCAAUAAUCUUAUUGAAUUGAUUCUUAGUAACUGCUCAAGUCUGGUGGAUGCUAAUAGCCUAGGAAUAUUGGAUCUUAGUGGAUGCUCAAGUCCGACCAAGCUUCCCUCGUCCAUUGGUUCCAUUGGAAAUUCCAAUGGUUUCCGUAAAAUGUUGAAUUUUACUGGAUGCUCAAGUCUGAAGAAGCUUCCCUCCUCUAUUGGGAGUGUCAAUAAUCUUUUUGAAUUGGUUCUUAGUAAUUGCUCAAGUUUGGCGGAGCUUCCUGUUUCUAUUGGGAAUGCCACUAGUCUAAGGACAUUGGAUCUUAGUGGAUGUUCAAGUCUGGUGGAGCUUCCUGCUUCUAUUGGGAAUGCCACUAUUCUAAGGACAUUGGAUCUUAGUGGAUGCUCAAGUCUGAAGGUGCUCCCCUACUGUAUUGAAAAGCGGUGUCAAUCACCUGAUUUCAGUUUGAAAGGACGGUAAAGCCAGAGGUUCUUCCAACCAAACUCAACUUCCAGUCUCUUGGUGCACUUGAUCUCCCAGAAAGGACAAUAGGCAAAAGUUUCCAUAGAAGCCUUCUGCCUAAAACUGCAGAACAUCCAACCACGCAUCAGCAACCAAGAGCGAGUGGAAUGGCUUUAACCUCAGGCGAUAACACUAAAGACACUGAGACUGACAACAAAGAACCUCUCCGUGACCAAUCUUGCUCAUCAGCUGUUGACAGUACCAACUUACAGGAUGGUGGAGGCAUCGAUGGCGGACGCUGUUGAAAUUGAACAUUUGAUUAAGUACUACAGAAGAAGAAUGAAGAAGAAGAAGAUCCAAUAAGAGUAGCUGCAAAGAAGAAGAAGCUGAAACUUGGAUCGCAAGAAAAGGAGGAAGAAGAAGAGGCAACCAACGUGGACAACAAGAAGUCAACGACAAAGUUUGUUUGUGUAACCACAAGUUGCACAAUAAGAAGAAGAACAAGAAUUGGUGUUAGUUUAGUUAAAAGCUAACCAAGUUAAGUUGUUGGGAAAUAGUUGUUAGGAGUUGUUAGAUUCGUUAAUGUCUAUGAUAAGCAUUGCUUGUAAGAAUAGUCUAGUGUCUUAGGAACAUAGACUAGAAGAAGUUGUGCAAGUUUGUGUGUUGUUGUUGUAAAAGAUAUCCAAUUCUAAUUUAAAAAAAAAAACAGUUGGAGAAAGAGAAAAUGUAGACAUACAAAGAUAAACUCUCUUCUCUCUACCAGAAAAAAAAACAUAAACGAGAGAAUAAAGAGCGUGUGAGUGUGUGCUUGUGUGAUGAUAAAACACAAAGACAAAAACAGAGAGUAAGAACAAAACAGAGUAACAAAGAUGAUGGUGAAGCAAAAGACAACAUCAGAUCGUGAACAAACAUUCAGAGAUCUUUGGAGGAGCAAAACAAAACAAUAAUGGUGUUUCCUUCUUGACUUUACCUUUCUAAAGUAACUUUGGGAUGUUACCAGUUACCACUAUUAAAAUUGAAGCUAGUAUACGUUCGUUCUAAAACCUAUAAUACUUGCUUUGCUUGAAGUUCUCAGCGUCCUCCUCUUUCUACCGUCUUGAUUCCGUCUGUUCUUUACGGUGCUUUUGUGAUCAAAAGUACUGACUCAAAGAUGCAUUUUAGGUAGCGCAGCCAAUUUGUUCUAUCUUACAAUUAUGUAAGACUUUUAAAUGUGAAACGUGACAUAAUAAGCUUUAUAGUGGUUUA